ACCAACACACCCAUCAUGGCAUCACUCGGUGAGAACCUGCUCGGGAUUGUGAACCGCCUCCAGGACCUCGUCUUCAACACGAUCGGAAAUGACUCGCUGGACUUGCCCCAGAUUGUAUGCACGCUGCGCCAAACCUCGGUGCGCCAAGCUGACAGCCACAGNGUUGUUGUAGGUUCGCAAUCCUCAGGAAAGUCGUCGGUACUGGAAAACAUCGUCGGUCGCGACUUUCUCCCCAGAGGAAGUGGCAUCGUCACUCGUCGACCUCUUAUCCUCCAACUCAUCAACGUCCCCAGCAAUGCCGACAGACCUGAAGGCGAUGAGAUCCAUGUGCCACACACCCCGGCCUCUGUUGCUGGUCAAGACGAAUGNGGGGAGUUCAACCAUAUCCCCAGCCGUCGCUUCUACGAUUUUGGUGAGGUCAAGAGGGAGAUUGAGAACGAGACGGCCAGAAUUGCCGGAAACAACAAGGGCAUCAACCGUCAGCCCAUCAACCUCAAGAUCUACUCGCCCCAUGUUCUUAGUCUGACCUUGGUUGAUCUGCCCGGUCUCACAAAGGUUCCAAUCGGCGACCAACCUGGCGAUAUCGAGAGACAGACACGCAACCUGAUUACAGAGUACAUCGCAAAGCCCAACAGCAUCAUUCUCGCUGUUUCUCCCGCAAACGUGGAUCUGGUCAACUCCGAGGCCCUCAAGCUGGCCCGCCAUGUUGACCCCAUGGGAAGACGUACUAUCGGUGUCCUGACAAAGAUCGACUUGAUGGAUCACGGAACAAACGCCAUGGACAUUCUUUCUGGUCGCGUAUAUCCUCUGAAGCUGGGCUUCAUCGGAGUCGUCAACCGCUCGCAGCAAGAUAUUCAGGGCAACAAGUCGCUUGCCGAUGCCCUCUCUGCCGAGAGAGACUUCUUCCGCACACAUCCCGCCUACCGCAACAUGGCCACUCGUUGUGGUACCCAAUACCUCGCAAAGAGCCUCAACACUACCUUGAUGGGUCACAUCCGCGAGCGCUUGCCCGACAUCAAGGCUCGCUUGAACACUCUGAUGGGCCAGACUCAACAAGAAUUGGCCAGCUACGGAGAUGCCGCCUUUGCUGGCAAGGAACACCGCGGCUCGCUGGUCUUGCAGCUCAUGACUCGCUUCGCUACUUCCUUCACCUCCUCCAUCGACGGUACAUCUUCUGAGAUCUCGACCAAGGAGCUUUGCGGUGGCGCCAGGAUCUACUACAUCUUCAACUCUGUUUUCGGCAACUCCUUGGAAACCAUCGACCCGACGACCAACCUCUCUGUCCUCGACAUUCGUACUGCCAUCCGUAACUCGACCGGUCCUCGUCCCAGCCUUUUCGUCCCCGAACUCGCCUUCGACCUCCUGGUGAAGCCUCAGAUCAAGCUGCUCGAGAUUCCUAGUCAGCGCUGUGUUGAAUUGGUUUACGAGGAGUUGAUCAAGAUCUGUCACAGCUGUGGCUCAUACGAGUUGUCGAGAUAUCCUCGCCUACAAGCCAAGCUGAUCGAAGUUGUUUCGGAUCUGCUCAGAGAAAGACUCGGUCCUUGCUCACACUAUGUCGAGUCGCUCAUCUCCAUCCAGCGCGCAUAUAUCAACACUAACCAUCCCAACUUCCUGGGCGCAGCAGCUGCCAUGAACUCUGUCAUUAACGAUAAGCAAGAGAAGGAGAAGGCUCUGGUAGCCGCAGAAGAGAAACGAAAGAAGGAGGAGAAGCGUAUGAAGGCUCUCAAUGGCGCUAAUGGUGCUGGCGAGCUCGAUGACGAUCAAGAAAAUGAGGCCGCUGCUGGCGGCAAGGCGGCGACCCUCCCCAUCCGCAGCCACCUCAGCAAGGCCAGUCGUAGUAUGUCGCCUGCUGUCGGCCGCGCUGGUAUGACUGGCACAAACGGCGCAAGAUCAGGCUCACCGCCAAGGUUCGGAGGAGCUUCAGGCACUGCUAAGGACAGCUUCCUCAACUACUUCUUCGGCAAGGACGGUGGCCUACCGCCAUCAAAUGGUUUCCCUGGAAACCACAUGUCAUCUUCAACCCUUCCUUCUGGCAGCAGACAUGUUAGCGCGAACAUCGAACCCAGUUUCGCAGGUAGCAUCCGCAGAGGCGAUACCAGACUCCCCGAGCGACCUCUGUCAUCGCACAUUCCCAUCCCUGGCGAGUACGAGUCAGAAGAAGCUGACAACGGCUAUCCGCUAGCAGAUGAAGGCCCAGCGCUCACCGAGCGGGAAGCUCUCGAGACCGAACUGAUUCGCCGUCUGAUAUCAUCAUACUUCAACAUCGUACGAGAGACCAUUGCCGACCAAGUUCCCAAAGCCGUCAUGCACCUGCUCGUCAACCAUUCCAAGGACGUGGUUCAAAACAGACUGGUCAGCGAACUGUACAAGGAGGAACUGUUUGGAGAACUCUUGUACGAAGACGACGCCAUCAAGAGCGAGCGCGAAAAGUGCGAGAAGCUGCUUUCGACCUACAAGGAGGCUGCCAAGAUUAUCGGGGAGGUUUUGUAA